AUGGGCAAGACUUUAGGACUAAUGAGAAUGAGCGAAGAUGAUGGUCAAGGCAUCUGCUUGAGAAGCAUGCUUCCACUGUAUACACAAAGAAUAUGUUCUACAAGUUCUCCAAAAGAGUUUGAGAAAACUACAGAAUAUGAUGUGAAGACUGUAGGGCAGUUCCAAUAUUGGGUGGAGCCCAAUAACAGCUUUGUUUAUGGGUAUGGAAAAAGGAACUACCUUGCUACAACAAUAGAAGAGGAGGAAAGCUACUGCUGUGAGUGUAGCAGGUUUGACGGGGAUGGAAUCAUUUGCUGCCACAUUAUGAGGGUUAUGGCACCGGUGGAACUUGUAGCCCAUGGGAUGCCAUUGACCGGCCAGAAAACUCUGAGAUUCACCAACGCAUCCACCGCAUUUGCAGCACUAGCAGUUGAGGGUUGUACAAGUGAUGAAAACUAUGCUGUUUUGGAGAAGCAUAUCAAGCAGAUGUGA